GGCGAGGCAACGAGCGCGCCAGACUGGCUGCGCGCAAGCGGCGGCGACGACAACUUUCACUUUCAGCACACUCGAGCUUGGCACAGGCGCGAGCCGCAUGGAGAGCUCGCGCCAGAGGUGAAGGGCUCUCAUCCGCCGAAGGGGAGACCACCACGACGAAGAUGCUGCGGGGGAAACGUGUAACUUGUUGGCGCCGGUGGAUUUUCAUAUUUUGCAUGCAUCCGCUUUUGUUCCCCUCGCUGGCUCGGUGCGAAGGGAAUACUAUACGAUACCAGACCAGCGAGGAGGACGCGCCGGGCACCGUCAUCGGCAACCUCGCCAAGGACAUGUCCUUGGGUCUGGCCCACUCCUCCAAGGGCAGUUUCAGGAUGAUGAAACAGUUCAACGACUCGUUCAUCGGGGUGAGGGAGAGCGACGGGGAGCUCGCUGUGGGCCAGCGGAUCGACAGGGAGCGGGUGUGCAGACACGCUGCACCUUGCCUCGUCGCCUUCGACGUGGUGAAUUUCUCCAAAGACCGCUACCAGUUGAUCCACGUCGAGGUGGAGGUGAAGGACGUCAACGACAACUCCCCGGAGUUCCCCCACAGGGAGUCUACCGUGGAGAUGUCGGAGAGCGCGGCGGUGGGCUCCCGGGUCCCCUUGGACCCGGCCGCGGACGCGGACGUGGGCUCCAACUACAUCCAAAGCUACCAGAUUUCUGCCAACAGUCAUUUCACCAUCGACGUGCUCCUGAGAGCGGACGGGGUUAAAUAUGCGGAAUUGGUGCUAAUGAAGGAGCUAGACAGGGAGACCCAGUCGUCAUACACCGUGGAGCUGGUCGCCACGGACGGGGGGAACCCGCGCCGCUCGGGCUCCACGAGGAUCACCGUGAGAGUGACCGACUUCAACGACAACAGUCCCGUGUUCGACCAGAGCAGCUUCUCGGUCAGUCUGCCCGAGGACGCGCCGGUUGGCACCGUCAUCCUGAGCCUGCACGCAGUGGACGCGGACGAGGGCUCGAACGGAGAGGUGGUCUACGGGUUCGGCAAACAGGUGCCCCGCGAGAUCCGACAACUUUUCCAAGUGGACAACAAGUCGGGCCGCCUGACGCUCCGGAGCCCCGUGGAUUUCGAGGAGAAGAGCACCUACGAGCUCGACGUGCAGGCGACCGACCUGGGAGCCAACCCGACCCCCUCCGCGUGCAAAAUCGUCAUUCACGUCGCCGACGUCAACGACAAUGCCCCGGAGAUCAGCAUCAGCCCCAUGAGCUCCACGGCGACGGGCACGGCGCGCAUCAGCGAGGCGGCGGACAAGGACAGCCUGGUGGCGCUGGUCAGCACCUCGGACAGGGACGCGGGUGCCAACGGCCGGGUGCACUGCACGCUGUACGGCCACGACCACUUCACCCUCCGCCGCGCGUACGAGGACAGCUACAUGAUCGUGACGGCGGCCGCGCUGGACAGGGAGAGGAUCGGCGAGUACAACCUGACGGUCAUGGCCGAGGACUUCGGGUCGCCGCCGCUGCGCAGGAUCCUCCAGUACACGGUCGGCCUGAGCGACGAGAACGACAACGCGCCGCACUUCGGCCGCGCCGUGUACGAGGUGUCCGUGGCGGAGAACAACGCGCCGGGCGCCUACAUCACCACGGUGGAGGCGGGCGACGCGGACCUGGGCAGCAACGGCAGGGUCACCUACAGGCUGGUGGACGGCGUCGCCAUGGGCUCCCCGGUGAACACCUUCGUGUCGCUCAACUCCGCGUCGGGCGCCGUGCACGCGCUGCGGAGCUUCAACUACGAGGUGAUGACGCACCUGGACGUGCACGUCCGGGCCAGCGACGGCGGGUCGCCGCAGCUGCAGGGCGCGGCUGUCAUCCGGCUGCGGAUCGUGGACCAGAACGACAACCGGCCGUGCAUCACGGCGCCGCCGCUGCACAAGGGCGCCGCCGAGGUGUCCGUGCCCAGGGACGCGCCCGCGGGCCACGUGGUCACCCGGGUCAAGGCCACGGACGCCGACGAGGGCGCGAACGCGCAGCUGUCCUACGCGAUCGCCGAGGGGGCGCACCUGGGCUUCUCCAUCAGCAGGGAGACGGGCGAGCUGCACGCGAGCAGACAGCUGACCUACGACCUGGCAGACAGUGUCAAAGUCACCGUGUCGGUGAGUGACAGCGGGUCGCCCGCGCUCACCUCCACGGCCACCAUACACUUGAGUUUCGUGGAGGGAGAGCUGCCCAGCGCGCCUUCCCUUGGCCCCGGUGGCAGCGGGGAGCUCUUUGCGUGGGACACGUCCAUUGCCAUCAUCAUUGUGCUGGCGGGGAGCUGCUCCCUCCUGCUGCUGGCCAUCGUCCUCAUUACAACCAUCUGUAGCCGCAGGAGGAGAGAGACAGGGGAGAGUGGGGGGUGCGAUGAGAAAGAAGACGUGUCCAGUGUGGAGAAAGUGGAGAGCGGGCAUAUUGAUUCAGUGAUUGCCAAGCACAAAGGCAAAGUGUUUGAUGCCCCUCCAUUUCCGGAGAAUCCUCCAUUGGCCAGCAGCAACCCACCAGAGGCCCACUGCGAAGAUGGCAGGCAGACAGCAGGCCUCUUUGAGUCAAACAGCAGGGUGGUGGAGGGUAAAUUAAAGCAGGGUUACUCCACAUUGCCAGGCUACGGGAAAGAGACUGUCAGACCAGUAACAAUAUGGAAGGGGAAUUCAUUCACCACGAUUUCCGCGAGAGACCCCCACAUCAGUGGCAAGGACAGCGGCAAAGGGGACAGUGACUUCAAUGACAGUGACUCCGACUUGAGUGGAGAUGUGCACAAAAAAGAGUCGCCGCCAAUGAACAGUCUCUGGGCGUGUACGAGCGAGUGCAAAGUGUUGGGACACUCGGACCGAUGCUGGAGCCCUUCGGCUACAAGGCCCAACACGAGUUUGGCCAGUGGCCCGCACCUGUCGACGUUCUCCAAGACGGCGUCACUUCCCCGGGACACCAGGAGGGAAAACUACUACCCGGCUCACGUGACCAAACCCAGCGGCCUGCAGAGUGUGUACGAAAAGGUCCAACACCAGGAAUUUGAUUAUAUACUCGUCGGCCCACCGACGCCGGCCAGAAUACAGGAAACGGAUGAGAUAUCAAUUCCAGAGUAUGCAAACUCUUAAGAUGAAAGAUCGUGAACUCGUCAAAAGGGAUUCUGUCUUUAUACUGUACAGUACUUUUCUCUUAAUUGACUCUAUGUUGGAUUGUCGCAGUGUUUUGUAGUAUGUCAUGUGUCUCUUGGCUCAUGUAAGACUGUUCAUUUUCUCAUGUGUUAUAUGCAAGAUUUUGUACAUUAAUAAUAUAUUUUUCAUAACGAUUCAAUGUAAAGAAGAAUUUUAUUAUGGAUUUCCAAGAGCAUGCAUUAUUAUUUAAAGGGCAUGACCUAUGGACAUGUUGGCCCGAGGGGGGGGGGCUCUCUGCAGUGGGAAAACAAUCAAUAUGAAAUAUUACCAUGUUUGUGGUAGAUUUUGUCACAUUGUUACACAAAUAAACGGCUUAAAGCAAAUUGUUUUGCUUUCCAGCUACAGUUUGAAGCAUUUAGUUAUCUGCGUUUACAGGAUUCAAAUGUUAUCUUACUGUCCUGGGGAAAAUGCUCACAAUAGACACAGAAUAACCUCAAUUAGCCAACUGAAUGCAUCUAAUUUGCCUUAAAGGCUUAUGAGCCACAAUGAAAUCAAAUGGUCCUCCACAGCCACAUUGAUAGCAAACACAAGUCAGUGUCACAUUCUGUUUCGCGGCACGGCGUUCUGUUCAGUGUAGUUACGGUGUAGACUCAAUUUGUAUGCAAAUACUACAUUUUUGAUCAAAUGCUCCAACAAUCGCAUAUUUCCAAAGGUCAAACAGUCCCUUCACCUUUUCUGAUUGCCUCCCAGCUUCGCAAUUAUCCCAAAAAAUGUGGUUAAAUCUGUUUCCAAGCAACAGCAGCGCCGCACGUUUAUAUCUUUUCUUUCUGCGUUCCUUCCUUUUGUGUAAUAAGGACCAAGUAUCCUUGACCAAAAUAUCUUUCUAACACUUUCAAAUCAGGAAACUCACAUUUAAAGUUAUGUUUUUCUCUCUGUCUUUCUGUGUGUGUGUGUGUGUGUGUGUGUGUGUGUGUGUGUGUGUGUGUGUGUGUGUGUUUGUUUGUUUGUGAAAAGAGAGAGAGAGAAAGUGCCAUGCAAGUUAGUACAACAUACUGUAGGAAUAUGAAGAUCAAAAAAGUCACAAUUCUGCAUAGAAGUUUGGCUACUGGUAGAGCAAUCUGGCAACCUGUUCACUGCUGACACCUGUAACCAGCACUGGAACUGGAGGAAAUCCUUAUAUCAAUAAUUUACGUGAGACAUCAUUGGCAUUGCACUAUUAGAGGUUAGUCAUAAAAAGUAUUCAAAUAUCUCUCUGACGCUGAACUGCUUCGAAAGUCUUGUUUUGGAGUGACACCACAGGAUGGCCACCUUGCCUUGGGCAACCUGGACCUACAGGUAACAGUCAGACGAAGAAUUUAGCCCAAAGAAUUUAUAUCAACUCCACGUCAUUCGCACUCAGACGUCAAAGAGUCCUCCGACGGAUAACCUGAUGCUCCAAAGAGAGGCAACAGUACUGGGGAGUGGGAUUACAGACGACCAUCGUGAGAGAAAGACUAUGGAAAAAGUACAAAAUACCACUAAUGGAUAUGGCUGUUUUGAACACUGCACUCCUCUGGUAAGACGGACGUUAACUUUUUUUUGAUUAGAAAUGUAAGUAACAUUUAAAUAAAACUGUAAAAUCUU